AAAUACUCCAUUAUUUGACCAAUAACUUGGUUUUUGUUCCAAAUCAUUUUAAUCAUGGCUCCAACAUUCACAAACUCCAAUGGGUGUCCCAUCACUCCCGACGCUUUUGCUACUCAGAGAGUUGGUAAGCAUGGGCCAUUAUUAUUACAAGACUUUAAUUUAAUUGACUCGUUAUCUCACUUUGACAGAGAGAGAAUCCCCGAACGGGUGGUUCAUGCCAAGGGUUCCGGUGCCUACGGGUAUUUUGAAGUGACCGACGAUAUCACUGAUGUGUGUGGUGCGGGCUUCUUGGAUACGGUGGGCAAGAAAACCAAAACAUUCACUCGGUUUUCUACUGUAGGAGGUGAAGCUGGAUCUCCAGACUCGGCAAGAGAUCCAAGAGGAUUUGCAACCAAGUUGUAUACUGAAGAAGGUAACUUGGAUUUGGUGUACAACAACACACCCGUGUUUUUCAUCAGAGAUCCCUCCAAAUUUCCCCAUUUCAUCCACACCCAAAAGAGAAACCCACAGACUCAUUUGAAGGAUGCAAACAUGUUUUGGGACUACUUGGUGAGCAACCCCGAGUCGGUGCACCAGGUGUCUAUUUUGUUUUCUGAUCGUGGAACUCCUGCCAGCUACAGAGAAAUGAAUGGUUACUCGGGACAUACUUAUAAAUGGUCCAAUAAGAAGGGUGAAUGGUUUUAUGUACAAGUGCACUUUAUCAGUGACCAAGGUAUCAAAAAUUUGACAAACGAGGAGGCUGGGAAGUUGGCAGGUUCAAAUCCCGACUUUGCCCAAGAAGACUUGUUCAAGAACAUCAAGGCUGGAAAUUUCCCCUCUUGGACCUGUUACAUUCAGACCAUGACUCAAGAACAAGCCAAACAGGCUCCUUUCUCGGUGUUUGAUUUGACCAAGGUAUGGCUGCAUAAGGACUAUCCUAUGAGAAGGUUUGGUAAGUUGGUGUUGAAUGAAAACCCCAAAAACUACUUUGCCGAAGUAGAACAAGCGGCCUUUGCCCCCUCUCAUACCGUGCCAUACAUGGAACCCAGCGCCGACCCGGUUUUGCAGUCAAGAUUGUUUUCUUAUAACGAUACUCAUAGACACAGAUUGGGUGUUAAUUACACCCAAAUUCCUGUCAAUUGUCCCAUUACCGGGGUAUUCAACCCCCAUAUGAGAGAUGGUGCUAUGACUGUGAAUGGUAAUUUGGGGUCUCAUCCAAAUUACUUGGCUUCAGACCAACCAGUGGAAUUUAAGCAGUUCAGUUUGCAAGAAGAUCAGGAGGUGUGGGAAGGUGCUGCCUGUCCGUUCCAUUGGGUUGCUGGUGACGCUGAGUUUGAACAAGCGUCCAAGUUGUACGAAGUGUUGGGUAGAUAUCCUAAUCAGCAAAGGAAUUUAGCUCAUAAUGUAGCAGUCCACGUUGCAGCUGCUGAUGCUCCUAUCCAAGAUCGGGUAUUUGAAUACUUUUCAAAGGUGAGCCCCAAGUUGGGUCAAGCCAUUCAAAAGGAAACAUUGGAAUUAUCUCCCAGAAAGUAGUUGAGUAGUUUUUGUAUUGAAUUUAUGAAAUAUUUAUUUAGUUUAUAAUUACUAGGAAGAAUUGAAUUAAGUCUUACUCACUGCCUUUGGUAUUCAAUAUUAAUGCAAUAAUCAAGCCGUACAACCCCAAAACUUCAGCAAAAAUUAAGAUCAAUACGAUCCCCACAAACAAACGAGGCUGAUGCAUGAACUGUCUCACCCCUUCAUCACCAACUAUUCCAAUCGAAUAUCCGGAUGCUAAGCAAGCAAACCCAACUGAUAACCCACAGGCCAAAUGCAUGAAUCCUUUGAAAAGUGUAUAGUCUUGGCUGGGGUCCAAGCCUCCGGCAAUCAAGACCGCCACCACCAACCCAUACACUGCCAAGAUUCCCGACAUGACGACGGGAAUUAAGGAUCUCAUGAUCAAUUCAGGUUUGAAGGUACCAAUACCUGAAAUACCAAUUCCAGACUUGGCGGUUCCAAUGGCGGCACCCGCACAUGAUAACACCAUGGCUACAGCACAGCCUGCAAACCCAAAGAACGGUGCGAAUCCUGGAGUAUACUCUUGAGCAAGAACUUCUGACAUGUUCUGUUGUAAUUGUUCCCUCAAGGAU